CACGCACACACACAACCGCACAAUAAGCACAGCAUACGCACGCGAACGCAACGGCGUCCGGUAUAAAACAGGAGAGCCAGAUUCCCACAAAGCUCUACGCAAAACAGGGAAGGCGCGUACCACUCGCGAGCUCCAGCACAAGGGACGAUUUAGGUAAAAUGCAGAGGGUGACGAAGGCUCACAUGGCUCCGCCCAUGAUGAUGACUGGGAUGGGCAUGGCCCCUUUCUUUAAGAUGACCGUGUUCGAGCAGGAACACUUCCAGGGCAGGUGUCAGGAGUUCACAGCAGAGUGCUGUAAUAUCCAGGACUGCGGCUUCGACAACAUCCGCUCCGUCAGAGUGGAGAGUGGAGCGUGGGUGGGCUUCGAGCACCAUGACUUCCAGGGGCAGCAGUUUGUGCUGGAGAGGGGGGAGUACCCCCACUGGGACGCCUACAGUGGAAACCUGUCCUACCAUGUGGAGAGGAUGAUGUCAUUCCGCCCCAUCUACUGCGCUUCUCACCAGAGCAGUCGUAUGAUGAUCUUUGAGAAGGAGAACUUCCUGGGUCGCAGUGUGGAGCUGUGUGAUGACUACCCCUCCCUGCAGGCCAUGGGCUGGUGCAACAACGAAGUGGGAUCCAUGCAUGUGCAGUGUGGAGCGUUCGUGUGCUAUCAGUACCCCGGCUACAGAGGCCAGCAGUACAUCAUGGAGUGUGAGAGGCACAGUGGAGACUACCAGCACUGGAGGAACUGGGGAUCCCACUGCCAGACCCCCCAAAUCCAGUCCAUCCGCAGGAUCCAGCACUGAGACAGGGGACUGCUCACACACACACACACACACACACACACACACACAGCACAAACACACAUGCACAGAAGAGCAGAGGAAUACUGACACGCUGAAGACUAUAAUAAAAUUGAGGCACAUCCACACCCCCCCACCCCCCGGCCCCUGUACCUGGCCGACUCUUCUAGAAUAUUCUGAGAAUAGCCGCCUCCCAGUGUAGGAGCAGAAUGGAGCCAGUGACUAAUAAAAUAAUGCUCACCUCAAA